CAGAAGGCGUCCGAGAUGCUGGACUCGCUGUUGGCCAUCGGUGGCUUGGUGCUUCUUCGAGAUUCCGUGGAGUGCGAGGGCCGUAGUCUCCUAAAGGCUCUUAUCAAGAAUUCUGCACUUCGUGGGGAGCAGAUCCACGUUCUGGGCUGUGAAGUGAGUGAAGAGGAGUUUCGCGAAGGUUUUGGCUCUGAUACCAACAGCCGCCUGAUUUACCAUGACCUCUUUAAAGACCCUCUUAACUGGUCAAAACCUGGUGGAGCUAACCCUGAAGGACUUCUAGGAACCUUGAGAGCCUUGUGCAGAAGGACAAAUCCGGGCCCUGUCACCAUUGCUCUUGAUUCUCUCAGCUGGCUGUUGUUUCAUCUUCCCUGUGUUACACUCUGUCAAACCCUGCAUGCCCUGACCCAGCAAACCGUCUCCCCAGGUCCUAACUCCCCAGUAGAACAGGUACGUGUCCUGGGCCUACUGCAUGAGGAGCUUCAUGGUCCCGGCCCCAUGGGAGCACUGAACACCCUUGCUCACACAGAGGUGACUGUGAGUGGUGACAUGGCCCAGACUUCAGCCUCCAUCCUCUAUCGAAGGCCCCAACAGCGUGCAACUUACCAGACUUGGUGUUUCUCCAUUCUUCCUGACUUCAGCCUGAAUCUCCAUGAGAAGCUUCCCCUCCACUCUGAGCUACACCCAGAUCCUCACACAACCCAGGUGGAUCCCACAGCUGAUUUGACCUUUAACCUUCACUUAUCCAAGAAAGAAAGAGAAGCCAGAGACAGUCUCACUCUACCUUUCCAGUUCAGUUCUGAAAAACAACAAGCUCUGCUGCGCCGUGGACCAGGCCAGACCACUAGCCACAUCUUCUAUGAACCAGAUGCUUUUGAUGACGUGGACGAAGAAGACCCAGAUGAUGACCUAGACAUUUGACUGGACAAAGGGGAGAAGAAGACUGUGCCUCAGAACCAUCCCAUCGUUUCUGCCUAUUGGGGCAGAAAGUGUAGUGAAAGCAUAGUGUAUAGCAAAAGAAUAAUAAGGAACUUCUUUCUUCC